AAAUAGUGAUUCAUUCUUGAACCGGCAACUUAGGAAACAGAAGAAGAACGACAUUAACAGAAACAAGAAAAGAUCAUUGCCACUGCGUUUUCAAUUUCGAUUCUCUGAUUCCCUUUGUCGGGAUCAGAGGAUCAUCAUCAUCAUCUUUUUCUUCCUAUAACCCUUUUCAAAUAAAAUCUUUCCUUUCUCUGUAAGUUUCCUUUUACAUUUUCCAUUAAAAAGACCCCCUGAAAUUUUUCCCAUUUUUUUGCGUCUCAGAAGUUGAAAAAAGCAAUUUUCUAGAAUCAGGGAAAAAUGGAAGGGUGGCUCUAUCUCAUUCGUUCUUCUCGGUUUGGUCAGCAUUACUCUCGUAAAAGGUUCUUCAUUCUCAAAGAAAAUGUCCUCAGAAGCUUUAAGAUCAUACCCUCUUCACAAAUGGAGGAGCCAAUUAGAAGUGCAGUGAUAGACUCCUGCAUUCGGGUUACUGACAAUGGAAGGGAGAGUAUCAACAGAAAAGUGUUAUUUAUUUUCACUGUAUAUAAUGCUUCAAAUCAAGGGGAUAAGCUUAAGUUGGGAGCAAGUAGUUCAGAAGAAGCUGCAAAAUGGAUACGUUCUUUUCAGGAAGCUGCAGUGAAGGAGUACCCAGAUCCAACUGAGAAUUUUGUGGCUUGUUCCAAGAAAAGACGUUCAACUUUGAGAUAUGGAGGGUCAAAAAGCGCAGAUUGGAAAUACUCCAAUUUGAAUUUUCAAUCAUGUGUAUACUCAGAAGCAAUUACCUCUGAUGUUAUUGCACCUUCCCCAUGGAAGAUUUUUGGUUGUCAAAAUGGACUAAGAAUGUUCAAAGAAGCUAAAUAUUGGGAUUCUCGUGGAAGGAAUUGGGGUGAUCACCCAGCAAUAAUGGCAGUUGGUGUGGUUGAUGGAACCUCAGAGGCCAUUUUCCAUACUCUUAUGUCUCUUGAUCCCUCAAGAUCAGAAUGGGAUUUUUGUAUAAACCGAGGCAGCGUGGUUGAUCAUCUUGACGGUCAUACAGAUAUCAUUCACCUCCAGUUGUACAGUGAUUGGUUACCAUGGGGUAUAAAACCAAGAGAUUUACUGUUAAGGAGAUAUUGGAGAAGAGAGGAUGAUGGCACAUACGUUUUAUUAUAUCAUUCGGUGUACCAUUCCAAGUGCCCACCCAAGAAAGGCUACAUCCGAGCUUGCCUUAAAAGUGGAGGAUUUGUGGUGAGUCCUGUUAACAAAGGAACUCAAUCAAUUGUGAGACAUAUGCUUGCUAUUGACUGGAAGUUAUGGAAACUUUAUUUGCAACCUACAUCCGCAAAAUCCAUAACUAUCCGUAUGCUCGAGAGAGUUGCAGCAUUAAGAGAGUUGUAUAGAACCAAAGCAGGAAACUACUCCUCUGAGCCUAUUACAAUGACAAAAGAUAUUGAAUUGCCUCUUAGUAUAAACGAGGAUGUUAAUAUUGAAGUUCCAGAAGAGAAUAGCAGCAUUGAGAAGCUUGUUGUAGUGAAAGAUGAAGUGAACCAAGAAGUUUCUGGUCUCAACAGUUUAAUGGGAUUGAAUGAUUCUGAUGAGUUCUUUGAUGUUCCUGAAUCAACAGACUAUGAUCACUUUGAUAAUAAUCAGUGGCACUCUGACUUGUCCUCAGAACAGCUGGGCGUGCCCCAACCCAGAAUAUCAUCAGCUGCUGGUUUGGUAAAAAAGUUUCAAGGUCUUGCAGUUCAAAAGAAAGGGUACAUGGACUUGCAAGAGGUAACAAGGGAGGAAAGUGCACCAUGCUCUUAUGGAUCCACUCUUCAAAAUGAUCCCACUUAUACUUUACCUUGCACCUGGGCUGCUUCUGAUCCAUCUUUGUUUUUGGUUCGAGGUGAAAGUUAUUUACAAGACCAUCAAAAGGUCAAGGCAAAAGACACGUUGAUGCAAUUGGUUGGCACAGAUUGGCUCUGCUGUGACACGAGAGAAGAUGAUUUGAGUAGUCGUCCUGGUUCCAUAGUUCAGCAAUAUGCAGCAAAAGGUGGACCGGAAUUCUUUUUUGUUAUCAACAUACAAAUGCCUGGAAGUCCAAUGUAUAACAUUGCACUCUAUUACAUGAUGAAAACUCCUUUAGAAGACAAUCCAUUACUGCAAAAAUUUGUUGAAGGAGAUGAUACUUACAGAAACUCAAGAUUUAAGCUCAUACCAUAUAUUUCUAAGGGAUCAUGGAUAGUCAAGCAAAGUGUUGGAAAAAAAGCAUGCUUGGUGGGCCAAGCGCUAGAAGUACGUUACAUUCGUGGCAAGAACUAUCUAGAGCUUGACAUCGACGUCGGAUCUUCGACGGUUGCAAGAGGAGUGGCAAGCCUAGUUCUUGGUUACUUGAACAAUUUGGUUGUAGAAAUGGCAUUUUUGAUACAGGGUAACACACAAGAUGAGCUCCCGGAAGUCCUCAUCGGAACAUGUCGACUCAAUCAUAUGGAUGCAUCCAAAGCAAUUGCAGUGAAUCCUUAACUCUUUUUAACUUGAAAUAAAUUCAUGUCUUUGAGAAGCAAAAGCUGAUACCGACUCCUAGGAUCUUAACACCAGCGAAAGAAGGAAAAAAACAAAUUCAAGGAUGAGAAGUGGCACAUGUUAUAGAACAUGUUGCCCUGCAUGCUUUCAUGUUUUGUCCAUCCAAUACAGUGAAACUGAUAUUGAUGAUAGGACUGAGUUUUCCUCUGGAUUUUUGCUGGGGCUAAUCACAUUGCAAAUAAGUUGAUAUCUAAAUUUUUUUUCUCUUAUGAUUUGUUGCAUUAAUACUUAUUCUUUGGUUGAUACCAAGAAAUAGAAAAAAAGUUACAUGAUGCUAAUUUAAAUUUAAAUUAGAGUACUUCUCUGCAAUACAAAAUCUGCCUUCAGAUUCUA